GGGGGGGGCUGUGGCUCAGUCCGAGGGAGAGGCUUCGUAGCGCGACACGCCCAGAUAAAACUUUACACCCGGACUUUGUGUUGUUACUGAGGCGAUAAAGUGCUUUCACGGUUCGCAGGCUUCAAUCCAUCACUUUGGUCGUGCAGAAAAAAGCACUGGAAAAAGGUACGAGAUGAACCAAGAAGGCAAUGCUUUUAAUCCUCCACAUCAGUCCUUGCCACCAUUUUCCAGAGUCAUAGUUAGCGGAGGCACUCAUGGCAAUGAGCUGGCAGGGCUCUACCUGGCAAAGCAGUGGCUCCAGGGUAAAGCUAGAGGACUGGAAAGACAAACCUUCAGUGCCAAGGCUGUGCUUUCAAACCCGCGAGCCUCCGAAGUGUGCCGGCGGUAUGUGGACGUCGACCUCAACCGGUGCUUCACAACAGAAUGUCUAAACUCCCCCGAUGCAGAUGAUAUGCCAUACGAGAUCCACCGAGCCAAAGAGCUCAAUGUUUUGUUGGGGCCGAAAGGCAGUGAACAAGCUGUAGACUUCAUCUGCGACCUUCACAACACGACGUCCAAUAUGGGUGUCAGCAUCCUUGUCUACCAAGACUGCCAUUGCUUCAGUCUUCACAUGUUUAAAUACAUCCAGAGCCACGUGAAAAGUGCUCCUGUGUAUUGUGCGAUAUUCAACACGCCAAAGGAUCGAGCGUACUCACUAGAUGCUGUCGCAAAGUAUGGAAUCGCGCUAGAGGUUGGACCGCAGCCCCAAGGUGUGCUUCGAGCUGACAUUCUGUCUCAUAUGGCAGAAGCACUUAAAUUGGUAUUGGACUUCAUUGAUCUCUAUAACCAAGGUACGGAGUUCCCUUCAUGCGAGGUUGAGGCUUAUGUAAAGGAUAAGGAUUUCGAUUUCCCGAGGGACCCAGUUACAGGAGAACUCACAGCUACCAUUCACCCCGAAAGACAGGACCAAGACUUUCAAGUCAUGAACCCUGGGGACCCUUUGUUCCAAACCUUUGAUGGUAAAACCGUGAAUUACUCAGGGAGCCAACCCACCUACCCUUUCUUCAUCAACGAAGCGGCCUAUUAUGAGAAGAAAGUGGCCUUCUCCUCGUCCAACAAAGUGUCAAUUCGAAUUCCGGCUCUUCGCCUCCAGGCAUCCGCAGGAGGGGCCAACAGAAUCUCUUAAGUCUGCUGCCUAUGAACCCAUCCUGGAAGCCAUCUUUAAUCAUUGUGAUCACUCCAUCCUUUUUUUUUCCCAAAAAUUGUAAUGAAUAUAUGGAAUCGAUUUACUAUGAAUGGAAUUAUGAAGCUCUUGUGAUUCACAAACUUUCCAGUAGAUGGUAGGCUGUACAGCCAAGUGGCUAAGCAGCUAAGUCCGAGUUCUCCACAUGUUAGCCUGCGUCACUAUUUGACCCCAGAGGGUCACUUCAUCUACCAGUGUUCUGAAUUUAAAAGUACCUGAUUUUGUGUUAAAGGUCCUGUAAUGUUCAUCACCACAAAAGAUAUUUUAAAAAUAUAAAGAUUGAUUGAUUUUAA